GUGAACAUGAAGCCAAAUUCGUUCUUUUUCUUUCGUUCUUAAGUCUUCCCUUGAUUAUUAUCUAAAUUCGUUACCCACUUAAGCUAUUUUCUCAGCCUUGCGGUGCCAUGGGCCGAGGGUGUUCCCACAGUGUAACCCCCAAUCAGGUUAUCGAGGGGAAGUUUAUGAACCCGAAGAAGCUGGUUAAAGCGCUGAGAAACGAAUACGGACAGUACAAUUUUCGCGUUGAGUUACGGCUGGAUCAAUAUAAGAUAUACGUGUUGGACCAAGAACGGUCACGAUCCUCGGGGUUGACUCAGGAGCAAAUCAACGAGUGUCGAGUGUGGUAUUAGCCAUGGAGGCAACAUUUAGUGCGACGAAAAGAGUAUCUUUCAGCGAGUUCAUAUGCAAGCAAGCCCUAUACGUGGACCCGCGCAGAGGUGAUAGUGGGAGUUGAGUGGCUAGAUAGUCUCUGUACAUAUGCAAAUACGAAUUGAUUGGCCUAAUAAUCCACUGAUCAACCUACGUGAUACUAUCUAAAUACAGGCACAAUACUACUGUGUGAUGGCACAUGCAUGGGUAACUAGUAAGUAGCCAUUGA